GUGCCGCCGCUUCCGUCGCGUCACGUCCGCGGGAAGCGGAGCGCGGAGCCGGCGCGGCCAUGGCGCCCAAGGGGAAGGCGGGCACCAAGGGCAAGAAGCAGAUCUUCGAGGAGAACCGGGAGACGCUGCGCUUCUACCUCCGCAUCAUCCUGGGAGCCUCCGCCGUGUACGCCGUAGUGAACCUGGUCAUCUUCUACUCCGCCGCCUCCGCCUGGACGUGGGUCGCCUUCAUCUUCAGCUUGGUGGUCUACGGCACCAGCUACCGGUCCAUGAACUCCAUGGCAAAGCCGUCUUUCACAGACGAUGGCAGCCUUGCCGACGGGGGAAUUGACCUGAAUAUGGAGCAGGGGAUGGCAGAGCACCUCAAGGAUGUGAUCCUGCUGACAGCUAUAGUCCAAGUGCUGAGCUGCUUCUCGCUCUACGUCUGGUACUUCUGGCUCUUGGCGCCGGGGCGCGCUCUCUACCUGCUGUGGAUGAACAUCCUGGGGCCCUGGUUCACAGCCGAGGCCUCGCCCGCCGCUCAGGAGCCCAACGAGAAGAAGCAGCGGCGGCAGGAGCGCCGACAGAUGAAGCGCUUCUAGCCCUGCCCGGGCACAGAUCAACACCCUCGCCCAUCUCCAUGCUGUUGUUUCAUCAGGGAUGCGACCAAAACCAAUCCAGAACCACCGCAGUAGCUCUGUUGCCCUUUGUCACUGCUGCCAUUCCGACAGAAAGGCCGCAAGAGACUUGCCCUGGCUGGGUCUUAGCACGGGCUGAGGCUCCUUGGGCUGGCAAGGGGGUGAUGCUGGCAUGUGUGUAAAUAUCUUUUUAAAGCAGCGCUGUAUCGCGUUCAGCGUUGGGGAGUGCAAUGUUGGAGGAAAUAGUACAUUAAAGAGCAGAGUCUUAAUUGAC